AGUUAUUGAGACAUUCAGGCUUCCGUAUAAUUAUGUUAAAUGCGUUAAAUGAAAGAAGUAAUGUCAAAUAUUUCUGGCCUUCACAACUUCGCAACUAAAAACGUUCGAAACAUUUGAAAAUGAAUUCAGUCUUUGAAUGUGCUGUAUGUAGAAUAGGUGGCCAAAUAUUACGGUGUGCCCGUUGUCAAAAAGAAUAUUAUUGUUCCAAAGAACAUCAACGACUUGAUUGGAAACGACAUAAACCGAAUUGUCGUCAAACUCAAAAGCAGCAUGGUCUGACAAAUACAGAUACGACAAUAACAUACGAGGGCUCAUCCGAAAAUGAAAUAUUGAACACACAAACACAAGUGUUAUCACCGAAUUUAGAUUAUCGAGCAAAUAAAACGGAAACCACAAUGCCUACAAAUGUUUUGGGAAUCGAUGAUAAUACGGUCCAAGAAAAUAUAGUGCAAACUUCAAUACGACGUGAAGAACGGAACACGGAUCAUUGGAUUGAAGAUAUCUGUCAAAAUGUGAUCCAUGAUUUAGAAACAUUUGGUGUAUGUGUUGUGGAUAAUUUUUUAGGGGCCGAACGUGGUCAAUUGGUAUUAAAUGAGGUAUUUGGUAUGUACAAAAGUGGUGUAUUUAAAGAUGGACAAUUGGUAUCAAGUACUGGAAUUAGUGAUCAUAAAACAAUACGAGGCGAUCAAAUUACAUGGAUUGAUGGAAACGAGCGUGAUUGUGUCAAUAUUGGACGGUUGAUACGUGAAGUUGAUGCUGUUGUCAAACGAGCGAAUAAAAUGUCCACGGGUGCUUUAUCCAAAUAUACGAUUAAUGAUCGAACAAAGGCAAUGGUAGCAUGUUACCCAGGUUCUGGAGCACACUACGUUAAACACAUAGAUAAUCCAAAUGAAGAUGGUAGAUGUGUGACAGCUAUUUAUUAUCUAAAUAAGGAUUGGGAUGCGGAUCGAUAUGGCGGCAUCCUUCGCAUCUUUCCUGUAGAUAGUGAUAAAGUAGCAAAUAUAGAACCAAUAUUCGAUCGGCUGUUGUUUUUCUGGUCAGAUCGUAGAAACCCGCAUGAAGUACGACCUGCGUUUAAAACUAGAUAUGCAAUCACAUUAUGGUAUUUUGAUGCACACGAACGAGAAAAAGCAUUUUCAAAAAGACGUCAAAAUAGUAUAAGUAAUAAUAAAACAGUCAAGGAGAAGGAGAAAUGACAAUUUAGUAAUUUUUUAUUUUAACAUAUAAUUUAGUUCUUUUUUUUGAAAAUUGUUUCAUAGUCGCAAACUUUUUAAACAAUUUUUAUUUUAAAACAAAACAGAAAAAACAAUGAAUAAUUAAGAUUGAAUUCGAUAAAAUUUACAUUUUAUAUGCCACAAAAAAUUAUUUUGAAAUGUAAAUCUUGUCUUAAUCAUUUUAGACGGGCAGAUUUGAGAUUUUGUAAAAUUUGGUAAUAAUGUUUACCUUAUAACUAACCUCUAGGUGUAGGGUAAACGUUAACAGAAAUUGAGCGUACUAUUUACAUUUCUCGUAAACUGAAGUGUAAAUAAUAUCCAAAGAAAGUAAAUAUUGAAAUUCAAUAAUUUUUAAAAAUACUUUUAGUCACAAUUUUUUUUUUCGCGA